AUGGACCUAUCAUCCCCCCAAAUGCGGACGAGAGGAUCGAUUGUGAUAGAACCACUUCCCGAAGAAAUAUGGAUGAAAAUUUUGGGAACGUUGGAAUGGCACGAAAUCCUCCGAGUCAGACAGUGCUGUCGACGCCUCAAUCGCGUCUCGAAAGACCGUUCGGUCUGGCUAUCUGUGCUCCUACGCUACUAUGAUACUGCCCUCCCGCGACCGUUCCUGCUACCCAAACCCCUCCGGCACAGCGAUUCAACCGACCUCGAACGAGUCAUAUGUGAUUGGUUCUCCACACGUGGACUGGCCGACCCGCAUCAGGCGCGAAAGAAAGAGGUUAUGCCUCCCGAUACGUGGUCGUGGGGCUUCAGUUUGGGUCCUCUCCCAGGCGGUCGCUUCUUCAUGCAUGCGACCCCCGAUGGUAACAUUCACUGCCACGACAUCGAGAACCUCAGCAACCCUCCCUCCAUGUUUAUCCCAACCCCGUUUCCGUGGUAUAAGCCUGCCUUUGACGAUUUGCCCAUUCUCACUCGGCUGUCCUUGGACAUCCUCGCAACCCAGGCGGACGAAAUCCCCGCUGAAGAUCGCCUUUUUCCGAUGACGUUCAAUCUGGCUGCAAUCUGGGAGUGCCGUCAUUUAGUGCAUAGAACUCAAGCUCAGCUGCGAGUGUUCGGCGUCUACCAAGUGGAAGUCCAACUUGGAGACGAUGGGUCGGUUGCCGGAUACACUGCGAGGGAGCUCGCAUUAUUCCGCGAGAGAGCUCCUCAGGGCGCCAUGCUGGGCCGGUGCUCGUUGUACGGCAACCAUCUGGCAUACCACAGCCAACUUGAACAGUCGACGGCUAUUGCCAUCGUUGAUUGGACCUCUAUCCCUCACCUUACCGACACCGAAUUUCCUCGCGUUUAUCUUACCGACAUAUACAACACGGAAAUCUCGUUGCUGCCGGGGAAGCACAUCGCUCUAAUUCAGUUUGACGAUAUUUUGAUCUAUAACUGGGGCGAUGUUCCGUCCAAAACUCACCCCCCAGAUCCGGAUCUGCUCUAUCCGCUGCAACCUCCUUCACCCAAGUGGAAGGCAACUCUGCCCUCCUUCAGGGGCGCGUUACCGCGCUUGAGGCCAUACCUCUUCAAAGAAUCUAUCCGCCUCGUCAUCCCCACUUCUGUCGGUCUUAAGGGUGUCGUCAUUCCACUGCAAUUUCUCAAUCGAUGGACAGACUCCGAAGCAACCGCCAGCCCCUCCGAGUCCCACCCCAUUGUCCUCCAACUCAUGGCGGGGAAGUUUCCCACCGCGAAAGCUAAGCAGAGGUACGGCUUUCGCAAAGGCAUCUCGUUGAGCUACCCAAACACCUACGUUGGGCGUUAUAGCUGGCCAGACGAAAGUCAGACGGAGAGGUGGAAGGUGUCCUCCCUCCCAUCGCGUGUAUAUGACGCAGCCACUGUUCUCACCAUAUAUUUCUUUGAGCAGUCGAAUCGAUUGGUCUCUGUUGAAAGCUCUCGAUGCCAAAUCAUAGAUUUUUGA